AUGGUGGCCGGCUCGAGCAGCCCCCGUGGGCGCAGCGACUGGGGAAGAGCGACGUCCGCUGCUCAGCCGCCCGCCACCGGGCGUGCACGCACCGAUGUGGUCUCUGGCCGCACGGCCCGGGAAGCCGGAAGCCACUUCCGCCAGCUUCCCGCCGGGGGCCAGCCCCGGGCAGGCAGCCUGCAAGGGGACCCGCGGCGACGGCGGCGGCGGGAGGGGAACUUCCGGGUGGGCGGGGCCCGCGCGGCGCGACCCCAAAAUACUCCAAAGACAAAACGCGAUGAGACAGGGGAUUCUUUCGUGGUAAGUAUUUCAGAGGAUACCACCACAGAUAUCACUGCUGCCAAUGCAUUUUCAGAUGAGAGGAUUCGCAAAGAUUUUAUUGCAAAAGUGUUUUUCAUCCUGUCUAUCCAGCUGAUGAUCACUGGGGCAAUUGUCAGCAUAUUUGUCUUAUGGAAUAAAUUAAGAUUUUGGGUACGCGAGAAUCCCUGGUUCACCUAUGCACUUUUGCCUUUAUUUUUUACUGUAUUCAUUUUACUUGCUUGCUGUGGGAAACUCCGCCGUCAAGUGCCUGCGAAUUACAUUCUUCUGAUAAUAUUUACAAUUCUCCAAGGUCUGCUACUAGGAGCUGUAUCAGUUUUCUAUCAAGCUAAUGAAAUAUUAUGGGCGACAGCAACAACAGCUCUGAUGACAAUGUUACUCACAUUAUUUGCUCUGCAGACAAAAUGGGAUUUCACUCUUCUAAAUGGAAUGCUGUUCGUUUUAGUGUCAGUACUUCUUAUCUACGGAAUUAUCUUAAUCUUCGUAAAAUCCUUUUGGUUGCACCUGUUGUAUUCUGCACUGGGGACUCUGAUCUUCUCGCUUUACUUGGUGAUGGAUGUGCAGCUAAUGGUGGGAGGACGCCAUCAUCAUCAUAACCUGAACCCAGAAGAGUAUGUGUUUGCUGCCCUGAACAUCUACAUGGAUAUAAUCAACCUUUUCCUUUUUAUCUUGAACAUAAUUCAUUUGGGUCACUAG